AUGGCGGACAUUUUUUACGACCCCAACCUGACGCAGGCCGACAGGCUGGUCUUGGAGUGCCUUGAGGGUGACAUCAAAACACGCGUCGAGCGCACCGAUGCCGAUCGGCAACAUGAGGAUCGUGCCGACGAUUUGGAUCGCCAGAAUACCACCAUCGCGACGCUCAGUGCGCUCAAUGACCCCAAGAGCGCGCACUUUGUGCCGACCGUGGUCAAUGGGCGCGACCUGCACACGCAGCCCCUCCCAAAGUGGGUGAAUCGAUGGCUGCUGCAGCCGUACGUCCGGCUCGCCCAGUCGGUCGUCCGCCACGAGACAGACGUGGUCAUGUUUUCGCAUCUGCUCCUCUACUUCACCACAUCCGUCCCCAGCGCCCUCUUCCUCUUCUGGCACUUUACGUGGAUCCACGGGAUCGCGCAUACCAUUAUGCAGCUCAGCUAUGUCGGGACGUACACCCUCAUGCAGCAUCAGCACAUUCACCAGCGCGGCAUCCUGAAUAAGAGGUUCUCGCUGUUUGAUGCUGUCUACCCGUAUAUCACGGAUCCUCUCAUGGGCCACUCAUGGAACUCGUACUACUACCACCACGUCAAGCACCACCACGUCGAGGGAAAUGGACCAGACGACCUCUCCUCUACCCUCCGGUAUCAACGUGACAAUGUCUGGCACUUUCUCCACUACGUUGGCCGCUUCUACGUCUUGAUCUGGCUGGACCUGCCUCGGUACUUCCUCUCCAAGGGCAAGACGGGCUUGGCCCUCAAGGCCGCGUCGUGGGAGUUCACCUGGUACGCCACGCUGGCGACGUUGCUGCGGCUCAACAAGCACGCCACCAUCUUCGUCUUCCUCGUCCCGUUCCUGCUGCUGCGUGUCGGCCUCAUGGUCGGCAACUGGGGCCAGCACUGCUUCGUGGACUUUGACGAGCCGGACUCGGACUACCGCUCCAGCAUCACCUUGAUUGAUGUGCCGAGCAACCGACACUGCUUCAACGACGGCUACCACACGUCGCACCACCUCAACCCCCUCCGGCACUGGCGCGACCAUCCCCUCGCCUUCGUCAAGGGCAAGGACCUGUACGCCUCGCAGCACGCGCUGACCUUUCACAACAUUGACUAUAUUAUGAUCACGGUGCGCGUCCUGACCAAGAAUUACCGCGCCCUGGCCGAGUGCCUGGUGCCCAUGGGCGACCAGAUCGCCAUGACCAUGGAGGAGCGCAUGGCCAUGUUAGAGUCGCACACCCGCCAGUUUACCGAGGAUGACAUUCGGCGCAAGUUCCCCAGCAAGGGCCAAUGA